AUGUCUGCGGGGGGACAAGAUAAUUCCGCCGCUUCCUUUAUCGGUGCUCUCAUCUCGCUGACAUCCCACUCCAAUAUCCGUUACCAGGGUAUUCUCUCGAAUAUUGAUGCCACAAAUGCUACAUUGUCGCUUGAGAAGGUUCGCUCAUGGGGUACGGAAGGUCGUUGCAAGGCUGCAGGCAACCCGCAAGACGAAGUGCCCCCGAAUGACCACGUCUACGAUUUUAUCGUAUUCCGUGCUGCAGAUGUGGUCGAUCUUCGGAUUGAUGAUCUCUCGCCGGCUACGCAGGACACAUUAGGUUCAGAACAGUCAACACCUGCAGCGCCUAUGGCGCCAGGCAUGGAUGCUCAGUAUCCCAUUAUGCCCUACCCUUCGCUCAUGGCACCUUAUGAGCAGAUCUACUCACAAAUGCCGCCUAUGUAUGGUAUGCCCUCAGAGGGAUACCCAUAUGGCGGCUACAUGAUGCCACAAGGUUAUCUUGGUGGUUCUAUGGGACCCUCUCGUGAUGGGUCGUUUGGUGCCCCACCACCCCACAUGCAAGGUAUAGCUCCACCCUCGUUUGUGGCGCCACCAGGCAUCCCAGAGACACCCUCUCAGCCGGAACCCGCCAAGGCUCCUGUGCCUGCUACCUCUGCAUACAAUGUCCAAAAUGUACAGUCUCAACUAGCAUCUACGUCUGUACAAGAAAAGGAAACGGCACUCGCUAAAUCUGCUGGCACAUCUAUUACAUCAAAGGUGUCAUCUCCAACGAAAAAAGUUCCUGAGACGAAGGGCCCUGCUGCGCCCAAGGCUCCUGCGGAAGCGGCGCUCAAAUCAACUACAUCCUCAUCGAUGCGGAACCCAGCCUCGGGAUCUAAACAGGCAGCUACAUCUUCUGGCAAUAGUUCUCUCACGCAAUCUAAAUCGAUGCCUGUUAAGCAAGAGCGUGAAGGAGCCACUGUCCCAGGCACCUCUGCGUCUGCAGUGGCAGCCCCACAUGAUGCGCUUUUACCAACCAACGACUUUGAUUUCGAAAGUGCCAAUGCUCGAUUCCGAAAGGAAGCUUCUACUAUUGCCUCGGGCACGGAGCAGUACACGAAGCUCGAGUCCAUUCCACUGGCUGCGAAGGAAUCUUUCUACAAUAAAAAGGCCGGCUUCUUUGAUAACAUCAGCAGUGAGGUGAAAGAGCGUCACGAAGGCCAGCGUACACAAAACUCAUUCGCAGAGGAGAAGGAACGCAACAUAUUGACGUUUGGUGACCAGGCAGCCAACUAUCGCGGCGCCUCGCACCGUGGCCGUGGCCGUGGCCGUGGGCGCGGCCGUGGGCGCGGUGGGCGUGGUGGUGGCCGCAGCCUCACUGAGAAGCCUGAAUGGGCAUAA